AUGUUCAGCUUUGGCAGUAAUGUUGAUGAACAAGAAGAAGCGGGAAAUAUAACAAAUCGAAAAGAAACGAAGUGUGUUUCACCGGAUGGACCACCUGAGAUUUAUAAGGUCGGUAUCAAAGCACCUCCGUUUUACCCAGAUGAUCCCGAAAUUUGGUUCGCUCAGCUAGAAGGCCAGUUUGCUUUAGCUAAUAUAACCAGUGACAUGACUAAAUUCUACUACGUCAUUAGUCACAUUGAGCAUCAAAACGCCAAAAGAAUAAAGGACAUAAUAGUUAAUCCUCCAGUCGCUCAAAAGUAUGAGAAGCUCAAAUCUGAGUUAAUUAAUAGGUUGUCCGCAUCGAAAGCGUCUAAAAUUAAACAGUUGCUGCGCCACGAGGAACUUGGUGGCCGAAAACCUUCGCAAUUUUUCCGACACCUAAGGGAUCUAGCCGGUGCCGAGUUUCCUGACGAGUAUUUGCAUGCAAUAUGGAUCAGUAGACUGCCAGUUAAAGUCCAAACAGUCCUUGCCGCGCAGAGAUCGGCUACAUUAGAAGAAAAAGCAGAACUAGCAGACGGGAUUAUGGAUAUAGCUACUCCAACGCCGAACGUUCAUGCUAGUGCAAGUCAAUCACCUGUUGACGACGACCUGAGAAAUGAAGUAUCGGAGCUGCGAAGGCAAAUUGAGGUGCUGAAAUCCAGAUUCAGCAAUAGAUCUUACCCGCGUGCCAGACAACCGCAACGAGGGCGUUCUCAGUCGAGCUACCGCAAAUACCCGGUUUGUUUCUACCACUCCAAAUACGGUAACCAAGCCAAUAAAUGUUUUCGACCUUGCGACUUCCUAUUCUCGGAAAAGAAGGGCAGUCGCUAA